CCCCCAUCUCCAUCGUCCAUGGACCCCAUCCCAUGUCCCGUGAGGCUGCGAACCCGCCCGCCGCCUUGCUUCACCUGUGCGGAUCCGCACUUGCAUUUCCCACAAGCGUCGGUUGUGAUUUCUCAUCGAUUUCUAUUUUCUGGGGCUGCCGCUACUACGGAGCACACCCUUGCUCAAAAUGUCAAUGGUCCAAGUUGCUAGGCGCCACUCACUGUCUUCCCAUUUCUUGGUCCAAUAGACGCGGUGCGAUCUGGUUCACUGUUUCUCUUGUUGAUGAUUUGGGGAUUGUGGAAUAGCGGAUGGUCCCAACUUCCUACGCUAAGCCGCCCUCCACAAGCCCGCCGGGCGGUGUUUGGACAAUCUGGUUGAUCCCCGGAUCCCCGCACUUUUGCGGCUCCUUUGGACAGAUACCCCGUGACCACCAUCUUUUCCCUCUGUCCGUACGGAUUGUGUCAGCUGUUGUUGGGUUCAACGAGAUGCUAGUUUGAUAUCAUAAAC